AUGACCAAGCUGAUCGGCCGGAACACCGUCAUCCCCACCAAGAAGUCGCAGAUCUUCAGCACCUACCAGGACAACCAGCCGGCCGUGAACAUCCAGGUCUUCGAGGGCGAGCGGCCCAUGACGAAGGACAACCACCAGCUGGGCAAGUUCGAGCUCGGCGGGAUCCCGCCCGCGCCGCGCGGUCAGCCGCAGAUCGAGGUGACCUUCGAGAUCGACUCCAACGGCAUCCUGGCUGUUGGAGCUCAGGAUAAGGGCACCGGCAAGGAGGAGAAGAUUACCAUCACCAACGACAAGGGCCGGCUCACGGAGGAGCAGAUCGAGAAGAUGAUCAAGGAGGCAGAGCAGUUUGCUGACGAGGACCCCGAUAAGAAGGUCAAGGAGCGCGUGGACGCCAAGAACGCGUUCGACGGCUACAUCCACUCGAUGAGGUCCGCAACCGAGGGCUCCGGCGAAAACAAGGGCCUCAGCGAGAAGAUGGACUCCGAGGAAAAGGAGAAGAUCCUCGAUGCCCUCAAGGACGGGCAGUCAUGGCUGGACUCCAACCCCGAGGCAGAGCCCGAGGACAUCAAGGAGAACCGGCCUGGCCAGGAGGUGGAGGGCAUCUGCGCCCCGAUCGUCUCCAAGUACUACGGCGCAGGGGGCGGCGGCGGCGGCGGCGGCGACGAGGAGGACGAGGACGAGGCGCACGACGAGCUGUGA